AUGACAGAAACUAAUGGAACGAAUAAUUCUAAUACCAAAAAUGGAAAUUUUAUUUGUGGAGUUGUCGAGGGAUUCUACGGGCGGCCAUGGACCUCCGAGCAGCGAAAGGACCUCUUCCAAAAAAUGAAAAAAUGGGGCAUGGAUUCAUAUUUGUACGCCCCAAAGGACGACUACAAGCACCGCGCAUUCUGGCGCGACCUGUACACAGUCGAAGAAGCGGAACACUUAACAGGACUGAUAACUUCCGCUCGGGAUUCUGGAAUCACCUUUUACUACGCUCUGUCCCCAGGUCUGGACAUAACUUACUCCAGCGUGAAGGAAGUAACAGCUCUUAAGCGAAAACUGGAGCAAGUUUCUCAAUUCGGAUGCACAGCUUUCGCCCUGCUCUUCGACGACAUUGAGCCGGAAAUGUCCGAAGCUGACAAAGAAGUCUUCCAGUCGUUCGCCCACGCCCAGGUCUCGGUGACCAAUGACAUUUUCCAGCAUUUGGGACAGCCCAAGUUCCUACUCUGUCCUACUCAGUAUUGCGCCACUCGAGCCAUGCCUAAUGUUCCAAGUUCCGAGUACUUGAACACUCUAGGGAGCAAGCUUGCUCAGGAGAUUGACAUCAUGUGGACCGGGCCUAAGGUUAUUUCUAGGCUCCUUACUCCAGAGAGCAUUGAAGAGAUCACUGAGGUACUCAGAAGGCCGCCGGUUAUUUGGGAUAAUCUUCAUGCUAAUGAUUAUGAUCAAAAGAGAGUUUUUUUGGGACCUUAUUCUGGAAGAUCACCAGAUUUAAUCCCAAAAUUACGAGGUGUCCUAACAAACCCCAACUGUGAAUAUGGCGCCAAUUUUAUCGCAAUUCACACUUUAGCUCAAUGGAGCCGAUGCAACGUUGACGGCAAACGUGACCUGAGUCUCAACGACACAGUAUCAGCGGAUAUAAAAUUAGAAACUGAAACUGAAGAUGGCGUAGUGGGGGAAGAUGUCCCAAGUACCUUAUCACCGAACAUGUACCACCCACGACACGCCCUAAAAGCAGCUAUCAAAGACUGGCUUGGAGAAUUUUCAAAAAAAAAAGCCGCUUGGGGUGUAAUCGCGAAACCACAGCCUGCAGUGGCGCCCACUGUUCCAAUCCCGAUAAUCCCCUCAGUGAACACUUGUAUGAGUUUAACAGCGACCUCUACAGUCUCGACGGUAUCCAUUGCGCCAAUUACCGCCCCGGGAACCACGAACCACCUGGCGGCGCUUGCAGAAGUAUGUUCCAGCGUCACGAGCGACUUUUCAGGGCCUACUGGUCCAGCUAUGAACAGCCUGGUAUCGGAUAAUAAAGUGGAACCGGUAGAUACUAGCAUUGGAACCUCGAAUUCCGUUCUUGGAACCGUAUGUUCCGAGAACGGACCUGGAACAGGUGAAACAGCUGUAAUGGUUGGAACAAGUCGAACAGAGACUCAGAAAAUUGGAACUGAAGAUGGCACUGGUUCCAGGAACCAACAGGAGAACCUGGAGUCUCCGGAAGUAACGGAACCGAUGGACUGCAACACGACUCCGAGCAAUUCACCGAGUCAGACGGUCAAGGAUGACGAGGCUAUGGUUGAGAACACCUCCACCUGCAGUGGAACAUCCGGAAGCAUGCAGGUUGAGGAGGUCAAUGGAACUCAGAUGAUUGUUGAGACAGAUGGCGUUGAUGGAGAGGGGGAGAAGGAUAAGGAUAAGAUGCUUACGAUAGAAGAUCUUGGGUUGCUGUGUGACCUGUUCUAUUUGCCGUUUGAACAUGGCGGCCAGGGGAUUCAGGUUCUUCAGGAAUUUAAUUGGUUGAAGAGUAAUGCGCAUGUUGUCUUGAAGAAGAAGGAGGAGAGCUGCAAGGCUGAUUACGAAGAAUGGUUAUCAAGAGCUGCAAAAUUCAACGACAUGGGUGAAGCAGUGAACCGCCUGUUCCAGCGAAUGACUUAUUGUGACAACCGAGAACUUCUCUACGACCUGUACUCCUAUAUCUGGGACAUGAGAGGAGUAAUCUCCCUCCUUAAUUCGUAUAUCAAAUGGCUGGGGUUCUCUAAUGGGUGGAAAGAAACUUUUAUGAGCGGUGAUCAAGAGCCAUGGGUUUUCCGGGGUGGAUUAACUGCAGAUUUACAGAGAUUAAUACCAGUUGACAGUGGAAACGAUUUGUUUGUCUACAAAGCACCAGAAGUUCCAACCAGUAUAAUCUACACCGUCAGACCUUACUUACCUUCUGAUGAAGAUGCAGUUUACGCCCUCUGUAACCGUAUUACCGGAGUUACGGGAACUUCUGCAGUUGCAGAUAGGUUAGUCGGCGGGUUUCUGACAAUAAGCCCAGAGUUCUGUAUGGUGAUUGAAGAUGACUCUGGCCUCGUAGGCUACGCACUGACGGCGCUUAAUAUUAAAACUCACUACAAGAAAAUGGCCGUUGCUUGGAUCCCGGAAUUAAAGGUUAAAUAUCCUUUGGAAGAUAUUACUAAUGAUCUUCCUGAAAGUGUUCAGGAGGCUAUAAGAUACUUUCACUCAUUUUCUCCGGAGGUUCCAGAGCAAUUAUCACAGCAGUUCCCAUCUCUAGUGAUGUGUUCCUUACUUCCAACAGUUACGGACCAAUCAAUAGCCAAGAGACUGAUAACCUGCUCACUGGCGGCGCUGCGAGCAAACGGAUCCUUUGGGAUCCACACGACCAUUAGCGCAAUGGACAAAGAAUCCCACGAGUUUUACGGGAAACUCGGGUUCGUAGACUACAACCAGGGUCAGGAGGAGCUUCCAGGCGUGGUCACUAUGUCACGGAGCUUCUAA